AUGUCCCUCGUGCGACCCUCGCAGCAGGCGGCGAUGCGCCUCGUCCGUCAGAUCAGCCGUCAAUCCACCGCCGCCGCCAGACUCAACCGCCAGGCGCGUAGCGUCGCGAACCUCAGCUCGCCGCACCAGGCAGCAGCCAUUUCGAGAAUCCAGAGCAAUGUCGACAUCUCGUCAGACGAGUACAAGGAGAACCAGAAGCAAAUGGGCGACGUCAUGGCACAGAUGCAGGACCUCUCUGCCAAGAUCCAGCUGGGAGGCUCGGAAAAGGCACGCGCUAAACACCUCGCUCGCAAGAAGAUGCUGCCCCGUGACAGAGUCACUGCGCUCAUUGACCCCGGCACAACAUUCAUGGAGCUGUCGCCAAUGGCUGGCUACGAGCUCUAUCCGGAGGCCGAGGUCCCCGCUGGUGGUAUCAUCACCGGUGUGGGCGUUGUCGAGGGUGUCACCUGUGUCAUUGUCGCCAACGACAGCACUGUCAAGGGCGGCACAUACUAUCCUAUCACUGUCAAGAAGCACCUUCGUGCUCAGGCUGUAGCUCAAGAGAACAAGCUCCCUUGCAUUUACCUUGUCGACAGCGGUGGUGCCAACCUGCCUCACCAGGCUGACGUCUUCCCCGACCGCGACCACUUUGGUCGCAUCUUCUAUAACCAAGCCCGCAUGAGCUCCCAAGGCAUUCCCCAGAUCGCCGUCGUUAUGGGCCCCUGUACAGCUGGCGGUGCCUAUGUCCCCGCCAUGAGUGAUGAGAGCAUUAUUGUUCAGGAACAAGGCCAUAUUUUCCUUGCUGGUCCUCCCCUGGUCAAGGCCGCCACCGGCGAGGUCGUCAGCCACGAGGACCUUGGUGGCGGUAAAAUGCACUCUUCUGUCUCUGGUGUCACCGACUACCUCGCUGUUGACGACGCCCACGCUAUCGUUCUCGCCCGGCGCAGUGUCAGCAACCUGAACUGGCCCGAACGCUCCGCCGCUACGAAGGCACCAGCCAAGACCUUCUCUGAGCCUCUCUACGACCCCGAGGAGCUCCUCGGCAUUGCUACCACCAACCUUCGCAAGCCCAUGCCAAUUCGCGAGAUUAUUGCACGCAUCGUCGACGGCUCCGAAUUUUCCGAAUUCAAGAGAGACUACGGCACGACCCUGGUGACUGGCUUCGCUGAAAUCUACGGUCAAAAGGUUGGCAUCAUCGCCAACGACGGUAUUCUCUUUGCCUCUUCCUCCGUGAAGGGUGCCCACUUUGUUGAGCUUUGCACGCAGCGUGGUAUCCCUCUCGUCUUCCUGCAAAACAUUUCUGGCUUCAUGGUCGGCUCUGCUUCCGAGCGUGAGGGUAUCGCCAAGCACGGCGCCAAGCUUGUGACUGCUGUCGCCUGCGCCGACGUGCCCAAGUUCACCGUUGUCGUCGGCGGCAGCUACGGUGCGGGAAACUAUGGCAUGUGCGGCCGCGCAUACAGCCCUAGGUUCCUCUGGAUGUGGCCCAACGCUCGUGUCGGUGUCAUGGGCGGCGAGCAGUUGACUGCUGUCAUGGAAACCGUUGGACAAAAGGCCGACCCAGAACUCCGAGCAAGAAUCGAGCGCGAGAGUGAUGCAACAUUCUCUUCUGCUCGUCUUUGGGAUGACGGAAUUAUCCCCCCGCAACAUACCAGGCAUUACCUUGGACUCGGUCUCAAGGCUGCUAUGGGCGGUAGGAAUGAAGUCAAGGCCGGAGAUACCAAAUUCGGCGUCUUCAGAAUGUAA